AACACAACAUUACGAACACGAUUUAAUUUUAUAUUAGCAGACAUGUAUCGAUUCUGGCAUGGUGGAAUUUCGACAGAGCAUGCGCAGCUCAUUCUGGACUGGAUCAACUCGCUGCUCCACACAAAGUACACGUCGCUGGCCCAGUUACGCAAUGGCGAUAUCUGGAGCCAGCUAAUGGAGGCCGUUGGCCAGGAUGUCAGCAAGCUCGAGCUGCCAAAUCUGGCGAACAACCGAGGCGAUUUCGAUGAACUGCAAGCGCUGGCCAAUUUCAAGGUUCUGAAGUCUUCGCUGCGAACAGUGGCCAUAAAUCGGGACCAGCGCGUCAAGGAUUUGAUAAACGAGAGCUACGAGGACAUUGUGCAAAUAUCCAACUUCUUCGACGAGCUGCAUGGCAAACAAUGUGUGCAUCAGCGGCAGGCCAUGCUGUGCGGCAGUGGCAAGUGUGAGGGGCAAUGUAGUCAGCAGGCCGGCGAGCUAAAGCCCUCGGAGGUGUUGCAGAUGGCACAGGAAAUGGGUCUGCUGGACAUUUUGGGACGCAAAAUGAAGGAGAAGGUGCAGCCCUCGUUCAUAGUGCCGCCAAGUGAGCCGCAACCGUAUCUGAAGCAACCGAUGAGAAACAAGAAGGUCGUUGCGCCACCAGAUCUUUCAGAUCAUCCGAGCCCGCCAGAGCUGCCGAAGCUAGUGACGCCGCAGAAUGUGCAUCUGUUUUUUGAAACUCUGCCCGCAGCGAUAGCGGAGCCUUUGUGGCGCAAACAAGAGCUCAAGGCCAGUAGAAAAAAAGUGAAGGCCAAAUCCGCCAAGCAAUCGCAAGAUGAUCUCAUGACGGCAGUAUCAAAGGCACUGCGCUGGUCACCCACCAACCGGCGCAACUAUGUGCUGCCCAAGCGUGCCACACGCUUGCGCCAGAGCCGCGAAUCCUCGCGUCGACCUCCCGGCGACUCCACAAAGAGGCACGCCCAGCCGCAGCGUCAGCUGACCAGGGAGGAGCAGCUGCAGGAGGCGGAAAAGGAGCAGCGACGCGAAUAUAUAGCGCGACGCCAGCAGGAGCAUCAGCAGCUGGAACUGAUGGUGCAUGCCUGCAUCCAGCUGAAACAGGGUCAGCGUCUCAUGGAGCGUCUCUGGCGGGAGCACAAGGCACGCAAGAGGCAGGAGCGCGAGAAACGGCGACUGGAGAACUUGUCGGCCAUUGGCAGGUCUCGACCUUAA